AUGGCCAAACAACCUUCAGCUCUCAGCCAGGUCCUUCCUCUUAUCAUCGUCUUCGCUCUGCUCAGCGUAGGCGGCUGGAUCGGCUACCAAGUCUACAUCAGCGUCGCCAAGAUGUCCGAUGCUGCGUCCGAGCGCAUGGGCAAGAAGAACGUCGUUUUCACAAAGGAUGGUGUAAAGGUCGGCGUUAAACAAAUCAAGAACGAAAACUAUGUCGAUGCGACGCAAAGCUGGUUCGUCAAGGCGUGGAAUCUAGGCACCACACCAGAUGCUAGUAAGAGUGUCGACAGCAAGAAACAAAAAUGA